CCGGCCGCCUGCUCGCCCAGUGCCUUCCCCGCCGCGCCCCGAGCCCGCUGCCGCCGCGGGGCGGGAGGCGGCCAUGUCGCUAUUGUCUGCGCUGGUGCCCUUGCUCCGGGUGUACUGCAUCGGCCUCCGCGUCAUCCUGCACCAGCUGCGCCGCCGCUUCCAGCCGCGGUGCGCCCCGGCCUCAGUUUUCCCUACACAAAAUGGAAAGGUUGCUAUAGUGACUGGAGGCACUAAAGGAAUUGGUUACCAAACUGUGAAGCAUUUGGCAAGACUUGGCAUGCAUGUGAUAAUAGCUGGAAACAGUGAAAGUGAUGGCCAAGAAGCGGUGAGGAAAAUAAAAGAAGAAACUUUGACUGGAAAAGUGGAGUUUUUAUACUGUGAUUUGGCUUCCAUGAAGUCUAUACGGCGAUUUGUGCAGCAGUUUAGAGCAAAGAAUUGUCCACUCCAUGUCCUGGUGAAUAAUGCUGGGGUGAUGCUGGUCCCUGAAAGGAAGACGGAGGAUGGGUUUGAGGAGCACUUCGGCUUGAACUACUUGGGACACUUCCUGUUGACUAACCUCCUCUUGGAUACGCUGAAGCAAUCAGGAACGCACAGUCACAGCGCUAGGAUCAUCACUGUCUCAUCAGCCACCCAUUAUGUAGGCAAAUUGCACCUAAACGACUUACAAAGCAGAUGUUCGUAUUCACCCCAUGGAGCCUAUGCCCAAAGCAAACUUGCCCUCGUGUUAUUUACCUAUCGACUACAGCAUCUUCUGACUGCAAAUGGAAGCCAUGUGACUGCUAAUGUAGUAGACCCUGGAGUAGUGAAUACUGAGCUCUACCAGCAUGUCUUUUGGGUUGUGAAAGUGGUCAAAUGGAUGACAGCCUGGCUAUUUUUCAAGACCCCAGAGGAAGGAGCCUCUACAACCAUCUAUGCAGCAGUAUCACCCGAGAUGGAAGGAGCUGGUGGCUGCUACCUCUACAACGAGGAAAGGACAAAAUCGGCUGACGUAGCAUAUGAUGAGGAGCUGCAGAGAAGGCUCUGGACAGAAAGCUGCAAGAUGGUUGGGAUUUCUGAUGAAGCUACCAGGCUUCCCUAGAAGAAGCCACUUUCAGCUGGGUAAAUGAAAUGCAUUGAAAAGCAUGUCUAGGUGAAUUCUUGCAGCAUCAGUCAUCAUCCUGGAAAUCACUGUUCAGUCCCAAAGGCAAACGUGAACAGCUCUGUUCUUCACUUGAAUCCCUAAUCUGAUAGGGUGUGGGGGGAAUAUUCCCACAGAAAGGUGUAGUGGUUGGUUUUAAAUCUAACCAUCAGUUUUGUAAAUCAUUCUGUUUCAGUCCGUGAUUAAAAUACAAUCUUUAAACAUGUGCAGAGAUGAGUUUUCAUUGUUUUAUUCAACAGAAAUAAUGCUUGAGCAUGUUGUGCUAGGAGUUUUUUGAACUUAAACCACCUUUGUACAUAUAAGUUACUCUUUUAAAUCAGUCUUAAAAGUUGCAGCUUUAUUUCCUUAAGCUUCAUUAAUCUUUAAGAUACUUUCAUCAGCUUGUUCUAAUGCAGAAAUUUGGCAUUCAUGAUCAUGAUGUUGUUUCUGUCUUAAAGUCAGUUUUAUAUGUCAGCUUUUAUCCAAAGGUAUUAACUGAAGGUCAGAACAACAACAAAAGGUAAAUAAACAAGGUCUUCU